AUGCAGACCAAAGAUUAUAAGCUUGUUUACCCAAAGGUUCUAGAAUACAAAGAGACUGAGCAACCGAAGGCAACCAAAAUAUUGUUGGCACUUUCGGGUCUGAAGCAAGCUUUGACGAAUAACCCUGGAUAUAACAAGCGAGUUGCAGAAUGUCGAGAGGCUGCACAAAUUCUUCUUGAAGCAUCUGGAGAUUACAAAACAGAGCCCAUCCUAUCGAAUGGUCAGUAUCUUGCCUUCUCACAUCAAAAAUUAGAACCCGAUCUAGCUAAAAGAGCAGAGCAUUAUUUCUCAGAGAAUAUGCGUGUUAUGAAAGGAGUCGAGGCUUGGGCAUUAGGCAAGUUAAAAGAUUUUGGACUGCUUAUUACAGCUUCUGGUCGGAGUUCCAUUCAAAAUUAUGAGUGUGGUUGUGAACCACUGAUUCAACUGUAUGAGAUCCUUUUGAGGGCUCCCGGUGUGUUAGGAGCGCGUUUCAGUGGUGCUGGGUUUAGAGGGUGUUGCGUAGCAUUUGUGGAGGCUGACCUUGCAACUGAAGCUGCUUCAUUUGUCAGGAGAGAAUAUAUGAAGGUUCAACCAGAGUUAGCAAGCCAAAUAGGCCAAGACACAGCAGUUUUAAUAUGUGAGUCCGGUGAUUGUGCUCGUGUAAUUUAA